AGGAGACACCAUGCCCCCCAGCCUCACGGCCCUGCUCUGCUUCGGGCUGAGCGUGGGCCUGAGGACCCCAGUGCAGGCAGGGACCCUCCCCAAACCCACCCUCUGGGCUAAGCCAGGCCCUGUGAUCCCCUGGGGGAGCUCAGUGACCAUCUGGUGUCAGGGGGCCCUGGAGUGCCGUCUGUAUAAAGAAGGAAUCCCAGUAUCCUGGGACAUACAGAUGCCACUGGAGCCCAGGAAAAAUGUCAAGUUCUCCAUCACAUACAUGACAGAGCACACUGCAGGGAGAUAUCAGUGUACCUAUCUCGGGCCCACUGGCUGGUUAGAGUGUGAUGACCCCCUGGAGCUGGUGGUGACAGGAUACUACUACAGCAAACCCAGCCUCUCAGCCCUGCCCAGCCCUCUUGUGACCUCUGGAGGGAAUGUGACCCUCCAGUGUGGCUCGCAGCAAAGAUUUGACAGGUUUAUUCUGACUAAGGAAGGGGAACACAGGCUCUCCUGGACCCUGGACUCACAGCAACACGCCAGUGGGCAGGUCCAGGCCCUGUUUCCUCUGAGCACCAUGAUCCCCAGACGGAGCGGGACUUUCAGAUGCUAUGGCUGUUACAGGAACAGACCCCAGGUGUGUUCACAGCCCAGUGAUGCCCUGGAACUCCUGGUCUCAGGUAGCUCAGGGAAGCCCUCCCUCCUGACCCAGCAGGGCCCCAUCGUGGCUUAUGGACAGAGCCUGACCCUCCAGUGUUGCUCUGACAUCGGCUAUGACAGAUUUGCUCUGUCCAAGGAGUGGGGAGAGGGCCUUCCCCAGAGCUCUGUCCUGCAGGCCCAGGCUGGGCUCUCUCAGGCCGACUUCCCCCUGGGCACUGUGAAUGUCUUCCAUGGGGGCCGGUACAGGUGCUAUGGUGGACACAACCUCUCCUCUGAGUGGUCGGCCCCCAGUGACCCCCUGGACAUCCUGGUGGCAGGAUGGCUCCGUGACAGACCCUCCCUCUCAAUGCAGCCAGGACCCACAGUGGUCUCAGGAGAGAACGUGACCCUGCUGUGUCAGUCACAGAGCUGGAGGGACAGUUUCCUUCUGGCCAAGGAGGGAGAAGCCCAUCCCCCCCUGCAUCUCAGAUCACAGUCCCAAGCUCAGCAGCAGCAGGCAGAGUUCUCCAUGGGUCCUGUGACCUCAGCCCAUGGGGGCACCUACAGGUGCUACAGUUCACUCAACACCUUCCCUUACCUGCUGUCACAGCCCAGUGCCCCCCUGGAGCUCCUGAUCUCAGGACCCUCUGGAAACCCCAGCCCCCCACCCACAGGGCCCACCUCCACCUCUGCCCAAGGUCUCCAGUGGAACUGGAACAUGCUGAUCGGGGUCUUGGUGGCCCUUGUCCUACUGCUCUCCCUCCUCCUCUUCUUCUUCCUCCGACACUGGUGUCAGAGCAAAGGCGGGACAUCAGGGGCCACAGAGCUGGAUUCCAAGGACAGAGGCCUACAGACCAGAUCCAACCCAGCUGUGGACAACCAGGAAGAGCCCCUCUAUGCUGCCAUGAAGGACCCACAGCCUGGGGAGGGCAUGGAACUGCACCCUUGGCAGAACAGGACCCAUGACGACCCCCAGGGAGAGACCUAUGCCCAGGUAACCAGCUCAAGAUCAAGGCUCAGGCAGGGAAUGGCCCCCUCAUCUUCCCCCCUGUCAGAGGAAUUGCUGGGCAUGAAGGACAAACAAGCAGAAGAGGACAGACAGAUGGACAGUCAGGCUGCUGCCUCUGCUGCCCCCCAGGAUGUGACCUACGCCCAGCUGACCCACUUGGGCAUCAGAUGGGAGACAAGUGCACCCCCUUCCUCCCCAUCAGAGCAGCCCCCAGAUGAGCCCAGUGUGUAUGCUGCUCUAGCCAUCCAGUAGCCCUGGAAGGACCCCAACCCUGCACUCCAGGGAGGGGGCCUGCAUUGGCCCCAGAAGAUACAGAAGCUGCCCCCAGGGGCACUUACUAGGGGCCUCAGCCAGCCCAGAGACCUGAUGUGGGCCCCCAGUACCUCCGGGGUCUCUCUGGGAAUCCCCUGUUCCUAUAGUCACAGAUAACCAAUAUUCCUACAUUUUAGAAUAAAAACAAAACAGACAUCUCAAAAAUCAAUGUAUAAA